AUGUUUGGUACCAAUGAUUCCAUAUUUUCUCUGUCUCUAUCUAGAUCCAGCAUUUUAGAAUCUAUCCCUCAAUUUCUCUCUCUCUCUCUUUCUCUCUCUCUCUUUCUCUCUCUCUCUUUCUCUCUCUCUCUCUGUUGCGCGAGCGCUACGUUGCACGCUCUCCAAUUCAAAUAUUUGCUGUCUUAUCUGUUUUCUUUCGGUCCUCGAUUUCACUUUCUUUUCUUUUUCGCUAAUAAAAUCGGUUUUACAUACACCCACUUCUUUUCAAUCAACUUAUGUUUUCCUCUUUCUUUUUUCUCCCUUUCACUUACUCUGACUGAGAAUCUUAAAUGCACCCAGGAUAUCUAUCUAUCUAGCCUGGUCUUUUCGCUAUCUAUCUAUCUAUCUAUCUAUCUAUCUAUCUAUCUAUCUAUCUAUCUAUCUAUCUAUCUAUCCCGGUCUCUUCGUUAUCUAUCUAUCUAUCUAUCUAUCUAUCUAUCUAUCUAUCUAUCUAUCUAUCCCGGUCUCUUCGUUAUCUAUCUAUCUAUCUAUCUAUCUAUCUAUCUAUCUAUCUAUCUCAGUCUGUUCAUCUCUCUCUGUAAACCGAAGUUAUUGUGCUAG